UGUACCACUCGUUUGGAGCCACGACACGAUGGAGCGGCGAUCGAGCUUGCUGGGCGUCCCGACGCCAUGCUACAUUCCCGCGACGGUCGCGGGCAACAUGCCGCAUCUGACGCCAGACAACUGCACCAAGCUCGAGGACCUGAGCCUCGUUGGCGUCAACUUUGGCGAGCUGUUUUCGUCGCUGGCCUUUCUCGAGCAGACGCAGAUGGACUUCAAGUCGUACUUGCAGCUGCCCAACGACGCCAAGAUCAUCUUUUCCAUCACGGACGUCACCAACAUGCCUAUUGCGCGCAACACCAAGACGCAGGCCAGUGCGCAGCGCAGCUUCGAGUCGAGCAACGGCCGCAAGCAGAUCACGGCCGACGAAUACAUGAAGGCCGUCAACACGUACGCGCCGUCGAGCUUCUUUGCGCUCGCCGACGAAGUCGACGCGACCUUUGGCUACAAGCGGCAGCAGACGGCAGUCGAGACCUCACUUACGUGGCUCGACGAGUGCCUGGCCGCCCGGCCGACUGGCACGCCGAUCUUUGGCGUCCUCGUCGGCGGCAACGAGCCGCGUCUCCGCAACAUUAGCGCCACGGAAACGUGCAAGCGUCCGAUCGAUGGCGUCGUCAUUGCGGGCUUUGGCGGCGGCGAGACGGCAGCGUUCCGCGAAGAGACGUUGGUGCAGUACCAGACGCAGGUGCCUACGUCACUGCCGCGCAUCCUCCUCAACGUCGGCCAGCCGCUCGAGGUGCUUGCCAGCGUCAGCCUUGGCGUUGACGCAUUCUUGUCGUCGUACCCACUUCUGGUGACCAAAUUCUCGUACGCGAUGGUCUUUUGGAUUGGUGACGCGUCGACGGAGGCGAUGGAGACCACCAAGAUCAACCUCCGGGACAAGCAAUACGAGCGCGACGCCAAGCCGCUGCUCCCGGGCUGCACCUGCUUUGCGUGCGCGCGCCACUCGCGCGCCUACAUCAACCAUCUGCUCAACGUCCAUGAGAUGCUGGCCGAUGUGCUCUUGUACAUGCACAAUCUGCACCACUACUACGCGUUCUUCCGCGCGAUCCGCGACCAGAUCGCGGCCGGCACGUUUGACGCGUACCGUGCGACGUUUACCGAGCGCUACAUGCAGUAAAAGUUGUCCCUUCUAAGAGAGAUGUAUUGCAUUGCUACUUGCGG